AUGGCCCUACAGUGGGAACACGUCGCCGGACCCUUCAGCCGCUUGACCGAGGGACCCGCCUGGGAUGGCCGUCGCCUCCUUUUCACCCAUAUCCCCGCCAGCCGCAUCAUGGCCUACCAUCCCGAUACCGGCGAAUGCACCGUCUAUCGUGAGAACACCAACCACUCCAAUGGCCUGGCGUUCGACGACGAGGGACGUCUCUACGGCUGCUGCUCCGGCGGCCGGGCCAUCGUUCGCUUCGAGGCCAAUGGCACCACUACCACCAUCGUCGACCGCCUCGGCGACCAGCGGUUGAACACCCCCAAUGACCUGGCCAUCGACCGGCAGGGCCGCAUCUGGUUCAGCAACCCCUGGAACGCCGUCAACAUCGACCCCGGCGAGCAGCCCGAGAUGUCUGGACGCGACAUCCUGCGCGCCGACCCUCAGGCCGAUGGUUCCUACACCUGCCAGCAGGUCACCUUCGACACCACCGGCACCAACGGCCUGCUCGUCUCCCCAGACGACCGGACCCUCUACAUGAUCCAAACCGAUCCUGAGCCGGCCGGCGUGCGCGAGCUACGCUCCUACGCCAUCAACGACGACGGAUCGCUGGGCCAGUACGUCGUGCUCCACCAGUUCGGCACGGACCAUCGCGGUCCCCAGCGGGGCAUCGACGGCAUGUGCCUCGACUCCGAGGGCAACAUCGUGGGCACCGCCGGCAACUGGGCCAGCGGCCCCGGACCCAUGAUUUACGUGUGGACGCCCGAGGGUCGCGUCCUGGAGACUUAUCCCAUGCCCGUCGGCGUGGAUAUGCCCACCAACUGUUGCUUCGGCGACGCUGACCAGAGCAGCUUGUACGUCACCACGCUGGGCGGCCACCUGCUGCGCCUGCGCAACACCGGACGCCGGGGCUGGAUAAUGUGGCCGCCCGUGCGGUAA